AUGGCGGACAAAGAUUCCGGAAAUAUUUCUGCUUCUAACUCCCCAACAGAUAUCGUUGAAAAAUUUGCUUACAAGAGUGCAUCCAGCACCCUUAAUUCAUUUGUUACCACUGGCGGAAACACUAGAGAACUCGAAUUUUUAUCAAAUGACCUCGGCAAGGAGUUAGACCUGCUCCUCAUGUUUGAGCCUCCGCAGGUGGGAAAAUUAUAUGUUGACCUGUUCCCAGUUUGUUGGAAGGUCAUCUCGUUUGGCGCUACCGGACUCGGCUCAGCAAGUGUGCAGUACACAGCGGACACUGGGUUCUUCGUUCCGCAAAACAGGUCGGGAAACCGUGUCUCGGCAUCAAAUGCUCAGCGUUGCCAGUCUGGAGAGAAAUGCGCUCUUCGCACAAAUGCGAACAAGAAUGGGAGUUACAUCACCAAAGCUGUCCCCAGUAAAGCUCCUAAAGCCUUACAAUGCGUCAAUGAAACGGAGCGUCCCGCAAGUAUCGGGAUUGGAUUCAUGAAUGAAGCAGGAACAAAAAUGGAACCAGCGCUUGUUUGGAACAAUAUUGCAAAGGACAGCACUCUCUCCACGGAGCUUACACCAAAGCUGAAGAUAUAUGCCGUCAGUGAUUACAAAGAAACCCAACUAAUCAGGGGUGACAUCGAGUCGCCACUUCUUUUCGAAAAGAAUCUUAUUUCCCUUCCCAAUUCGACAGAAUGGAAGGUGUCGAUUGAUGAAGGGACUGGAAAAGUCGUCAUUGAGGAAGCCUAG